AUGUCACUAUUUGUGGCUUGUACGACGUUUGCAACUGUUUAUGCUAUAUCAUCAUAUGUCUUCCUACGUAAGCCACAAUGGAUUCAUCGAAAACGUCGACCUGCGUUCAUAGUUCGACAUAUUGCCCAUCGAGGAGGAGCUGGAGAAUCAAUUGAAAAUUCUUUACUUGCAUUUGACAAAGGAUUAGCAAAUGGAGUGGAAAUGUUGGAAUUAGAUUGUCAUUUGACAAAAGAUUCUCAAGCAAUUGUUCAUCAUGAUUUUGCGUUAAAUAGAACAACUGAUCAAAUAGGAUUUAUUAGAGAUACUGAAUAUGAUAGAUUACCAAGGAUUAGUAGUAAUAUUGAGCUUUAUUAUGAUUCAGGUAAAGAAUUAAAAUAUACUCGUUCAUUAAAAAAAAAAAAAGAAUUAUUUUUUAUAGAUGUAAUUAUAUCAAGUGAUAAUAAUAAUAAUCCAGAAAAUAGCGAUUUAUUACGUAUACCAUUAUUGAAAGAUGUUUUUGAACGUUAUCCAACAAUUCCAAUUAAUAUUGAUAUUAAAGAAAAUAAUGAUGAACUUAUUAGACAGGUUUCUGAUCUUAUUCAACAAUAUCGACGAGAACAUAUUACUUAUUGGGGUAGUUUUAGUCAUGCAAUAUGUCGAAAAUUAACUGCACAAAAUCCUCGUGUUGUUCGAUUUUGUUCACUUAAAGAAGCAGCAGGUAUUGUAAUGGCUUAUUGGGUCGGUUUAUUACCUUUUAUACCAUUAACACCAGGUGCUUUUGAAGUACCGAUACCCGGUAUCGUUUUUGGAAAAGUAACAAAAAAUUUAGAUUGGAAACUCAAAAUACUUUUUUAUUUAGCUGAACGAGCAUUAAAUAAUGCAUCUAUGUUUGCACAUUUACAACGACGUGGUAUUCCUGUCUAUGUUUGGAUAUUAAAUAAUGAACAAGAAUUUGAAUAUGCUUUUAAACAAUUGAGUGUUACUGGCAAAAAAAUGGCCCAAGCUCGAACUGAUGCUAUUGUUGAUAGUUGGAAUACUAAAGCUAAAUUAAAUUUAACAGCUGAAGAAGAACAACACUUCAAAGCAUGGUUUCAUGGUGCUGCCGAACGACUUACUGCUCGUCGUCAAGCUGGUAAAGAAGUUAUUGCACAAUUGCAUGCAGCUGUCGAAAGUAAUGAUAGUGCAAAACAAGAAGAAUUAUUACAAAAAUUACGUGAAGGUUUUCGUAAACUUUCCGAAGGUCGUGAAAGAGCUCUUGAUGAAUUUGAUAAAAUUCUCAGACCAGAACAACGCGCACGUAUUGUUGUUUGUGCUGUUCAACAAGCUAAAGAAUCAGGCCGACCAGUAGAACAUUUAAUCGAUAGUCUUUUACAAACCGGUGAUACUAAUUAG